CACGUCCCGCCCCCAAUUCCAAUCCCCACACCAACCCCACCCCGGCCGAGAAUUAAAGCAUCUCCGGCGAGACCCCAGCACCCACCUCCAGCUCCUCCUCCUCCUCCCCCCGCCUCCGGAGAUCCAGGUAACCUCGCCCAACACACCCGCGCGGUCGAUUCCCGCUCUAUCUCGGCGAGCGGUGCUCAUACCGCCGUGAUUCGCUGCCGCGGAGAUGGAGCGCGGGCGGGGCGGGAGGGACGGCCCCUUCGGCGGAUUCGGCCGCCUGGGGGGCGCCCCGAUGCCCGGCCUCUUCGGCGGGGGCAGGGACCCCUUCGACGACCCCUUCUUCACGCAGCCCUUCGGGGCCAGGAUGGGCGGCCCUGGAGGAAUGUUCGGGCCGAUGGGCGGCGGCCCCGGCAUGUUCGGCGCCUUCGGGCCCGGGGACGGGUUCCUUGAGCAAGCUCCCGCGAGGAGCGGUGCUGUCAUCACGGAGAUUGAUGAGGACGAAGAGGGGGGCGACGGGGAGCGCGGCGGCCGGGAGGCGAACCGCGGGGCGUAUGUUCAGGAGCCGGAUGAUGGGAAUGAUGGGAUGCAGGGGGGUCAGGUCCAGCUGCGGCGUGAUCCCAGCAGGGCGAACGGUGGCGGCCAGCCGCAGUCGCGUUCGUUCACCUAUCAGAGCUCCACGGUGACUUAUGGUGGGAUUAAUGGAGCCUAUUAUACCGCUUCCAAGACCCGGAGGAGUGGCAGCGAUGGGAUUACUGUCGAAGAAAGCAAGGAAGCAGACACUACGACUAAAGAGGCCACUCAUAGGAUCUCCAGGGGAAUUCAUGAUAAGGGACACUCGGUAACAAGGAAGCUGAAAUCAGACGGGAAGGUGGACAGUACACAGAUACUGCACAAUCUCAAUGAAGAUGAGUUACCUGGAUUUGAAGAAUCAUGGAAGGGCAAUGCUGGACAACACUUACCAGGCUGGAACCAAAAUGCUGGUAUAUCUAAUGGUGACAACUCUGGAAACCGUGGUACCAACGGUGCCAGGCAGCCUGCACAGAACUGGGCGCUCCCCGGAAUGCAGCAACAGCGUGAUCCAAGGAGGCACGACAACGGGCAGCCAAAGCCAAAGUCAUCGCGGAUCAUCCCAAUCUCCUGAAGGGUGAAGAGAGGCCCGAUGAGGCGUGAUGGCCGGGUCAAAAUCACAACUCAUCCCAUGAUCUCGUGCAGAGGGAAUGGCCGAAUCCACGGAGCAAAUGAAUAAAGCACUGCUGCUUUGCGCAAGCAGUUCAGCUUCGAGUGUACGUUCCCCUAGCUAGAUAUGAGUAGGAAGCUAAACUGGAAGUGAUGGAGGCCUGGAGGUCCGGAUGCGAUCUGCUAUGUGCCACCGCUCGGCCGCGCCCUGUACCCUGUAUCGUGAAUACAUUCUGUGAUUGAGUCUAUUGUGUUUACUGUCUGAUCUGCCUGUAAAGAUAUGCUAUAAGCUCUACUAUCUGUAAUGUCCCUUGGUGCCGGGUUACACGAAUAACCCUAGAAGAAUACAAGCUGUGUUCCUGUGGAUGGUUGCUUAAUAAAACUGGUAUUUUCUGUGUUAA